AUGGUGUCCACCUGUGUCCCACUGCCUUUCCCAGACAGCUGGAUCAAAGAAAGGUGGACUGCAUCAAAAAUCCUUCCAGUGGAUAAAGACAGACCUUUUGCAGGAGUGAGUGAGGCUGUGGUCCCCUGUUCUGCAGAGGAGGACUCUGAAGUGCAAGUAUGGACCACUACGGUACAUGGCUAUAAGAUCCUGAAGAAGAGGACCAAGUUUACGGUUUAUAAAAUCUUGGUAAAUAACAUCAGAGAAAGUUGGAUUAUUUUCCGAAGUUACUCAGAUUUUUGCAAGCUCAACAAAAAGCUCAAAGAUCUGUUUCCCAGUGUUUCUUUGCCCUUUCCACCAAAACACAGAUUAAAAAAUAACUUUGAGGGAGAUUUUCUAAAACUUAGACAAACUCAACUUCAAUUGUUUCUAGCAGAGUUGACAUCACACACAGAUCUGUAUCAUUGUGACGUAGUAAAAUACUUCCUGCAUCAAGUCAACUCUCCAGAUCUAUUUGAAAGUCUCGAUGAGAGUCGGGCCUUUUGUGACUCACUGGAGGAGAUGAACCACUGCCUCCAGAGGGCGCUCUCAGACAAACAGAGAAAGCUGGAGGUUUUGAGGGAGACUUUGGAGAAAAGAGAUCAUCAUUUACAACAACUGAUGAAGAAAGUCAAGUACUAA